GUUAAUCAUCGUUAAAACAUUUUAUUAAUCACUUACAUUAUGAAAUUGUAGCAACUCCUUUUCAUUUUUUUUCUCGAGAUUAAUUUUCAUGAUUUAGUUUCUGUGUUAAAUUGCCAAAUCAACUGAUCUGAUUAAAUUUAAUUAAUCAAUUUGAUCAUUAAAUAGAGGAUUUAAAUGUACAACAGUUACGGUGCCACGAGUGAUUCCGUUGAAUCAGCCCAUUUUGCCGACAUGGAGCUUGGUGGUUACAAUGUUUUCUCCGAGAAAUCAGUUCGACUCGGAUUUAUCCGUAAAGUGUUUGGCAUUGUUACAAUUCAGUUGAUCAUAACAGCGCUCAUUGGGACAGCAUUUUUUGUCUCCGACAAUGUUAAACAAUUUACGAUUGAAAAUCCUUGGACAAUCUGGAUUUCGCUGAUUGUUUCAAUCAUCUCAUUGAUAAGUCUCACUUGUUGUAACAUUUACCGAUCAUACCCCGGGAAUCUCAUAUGUUUGAUCUUAUUCACUUUAUCUCAAUCACUGACCAUCGGAUUUUACACCUCAUUCAGUAGUGGAGAGGUCGUUUUAAUGGCGAUCGUGAUAACAACCAUCGUGGUGGUCGCUUUGAUCCUUUUCGCUUCUCAAACUCGAAUUGAUUUUACUCCGGCCAACGGAGUCCUUUAUUGUGCCACACUUUGUCUCAUUCUCUUCGGCUUGGCUUGUAUCAUCUUCCCCUCCAAGAUCAUAUUACUCAUUUACGCCUCUUUGGGUGCUCUCCUUUUCUCCAUCUGGUUGGUUGUCGAUAUUCAAAUGCUCUUGGGUCGUAAUAGUAUUUACAGAUUCUCUCCUGAAGAUUAUAUUCUCGCCUCGAUCAUCAUUUACCAAGAUAUAAUCAACAUUUUCCUCAAUGUAUUAGAUAUUAUCACCCUUAGUCGAAGUUAAUUUGAACAUUUGAACAUUCAUUAUCUCUAUCAUCAAAUUUAUCUUUGAUCUCUUAUAUUAUUAAUAAUUAAAUCAAGCGGUCGAUUGGUAAUUUCUUCUGAGAUUUUGUUAUUUAUUUCAUUGAGAUUGAGUUGAGUUCCAUUACUAAACAUGAAAAAUUGGUGAAGAGCCUGAGGCAAUUUAUCGCCCGUUCAAAGGUCUUCAAACUAGUACAGUUUAUCGAUCACCGAGAUUAGUCUUUUGGCCGCCGAUCGACAGUUCGAGAGAAACCACCGACUAUCCCGAUCUCUUAGAAUGUUCAAAUUAAUUCUCAACGGCGAUACUCAGUUAUUAUUAUAAAACUUUUACUCGAAAGAAGCAAAAAUGGACUCGAAGGAAAAUCAAAAUUUUCUUAAUUGUAGAUUACUUUAAUUUAAUGUCUCGAAAAAAGUUAUGAAAAAAAUGUGAUAAAAUUAACAAUAAAAUAAAAGGGACUCGAUUUGACACUUAUUCAAAUUAAGUGCGUCUA